AUGGCUGUUGAACUAGUUUGGAUUGUUUGCCCAAUUAUUUUUGGAUUAUGUUUUCUUCUUCAAACAUCAUAUUUCAUUUUCAAAAUACUUCAAGCUAGACGCAAUAAUGGCGGAGGUUCAAGUAUAACUAGUAUCCAUAUGACUGAUGGUGAAGCUACUUGUUGUAUGGGCUGGGCUUGGACAUCAUGCAUCGACAAGUCAACAAAUCGUAUUACAUUGAAUACAUUCAUCGCAUGGUAUAUUGUUGGUCUAUCUCUUGAUAUAAUUAUUACAUUGAUCUUCUAUUUUAUUAUUAAGCAUUAUUACCGUACUGUUUAUUAG